GCCAAGCCCAUCACUGACGCCCCAACGCAGGCUCCCAGCCACCCCUCACCGCUACGAUGGCCGAAGACGCGGACAUGCGCAAUGAGCUGGAAGAGAUGCAGAGAAGGGCCGACCAGCUGGCCGAUGAGUCACUGGAAAGCACCCGUCGUAUGCUACAACUGGUUGAAGAGAGUAAAGAUGCUGGUAUCAGGACUUUGGUUAUGUUGGAUGAACAAGGAGAACAACUGGAACGCAUUGAGGAAGGGAUGGACCAAAUCAAUAAGGACAUGAAAGAAGCAGAAAAGAAUCUGACGGACCUAGGGAAAUUCUGCGGGCUUUGCGUGUGUCCCUGUAACAAGCUUAAAUCAAGUGAUGCUUACAAAAAAGCCUGGGGCAACAAUCAGGAUGGAGUGGUGGCCAGCCAGCCGGCCCGCGUGGUGGAUGAACGAGAGCAGAUGGCCAUCAGUGGCGGCUUCAUCCGCAGGGUAACAAAUGAUGCCCGAGAAAAUGAAAUGGAUGAAAACCUGGAGCAGGUGAGCGGCAUCAUUGGAAACCUCCGUCACAUGGCCCUGGAUAUGGGCAAUGAGAUAGAUACACAGAAUCGCCAGAUCGACAGGAUCAUGGAGAAGGCUGAUUCCAACAAAACCAGAAUUGAUGAGGCCAACCAGCGUGCAACAAAGAUGCUGGGAAGCGGUUAG